UCUAGCCUGGGGCACAGCACAGACACACCAGUUGCACCCUGCCUCAUCCUCAUGGCCUGCCUGAGCCCCUCACAGCUCCAGAAGUUUCGGGAGGAUGGAUUUCUGGUGCUGGAAGGAUUUUUGUCUGAGGAUGAAUGUGUAGCCAUGCAACAGAGGAUUGGCGAGCUGGUGGCCAACAUGGACAUCCCUCUCCACUGCCGCACCAUCUUUUCCACCCAAGAAGAGCAGCUGAAGAUCCUGGAACACAGAGACUAUUUCUGGAACAGUGGCGACAAGGUUCGAUUCUUCUUUGAGAAAGGCGUCUUUGACGAGAAAGGAAAUUUCCUGGUCCCUCCUGAGAAAUCCAUCAACAAAAUUGGCCAUGCUCUGCACGCCCGUGACCCUGUCUUCAGGAGUGUCACACACUCCCCCAAAGUGCAGGCCUUAGCCAAAAGUCUGGGCCUCCAGAUGCCCGUGGUGGUGCAGAGCAUGUACAUCUUCAAGCAACCUCACCUCGGUGGCGAAGUCAAUCCUCACCAGGACGCCACCUUCCUGUACACGGAGCCCCUGGGCCGGCUGCUGGGCAUAUGGAUGGCACUGGAGGACGCCACGCUGGACAAUGGCUGCCUCUGGUUCAUCCCAGGCUCCCACACCGGUGGGGUGUCGAGAAGGCUGAUCCGGGACCCUGGUAGCUCCGAACCUGUCACCAGCUUCCUUGGGUCCGAGCCCGCCCGGGAUAACAGCCUCUUCGUGCCCACGCCUGUGCGGAGAGGGGCCCUCAUCCUAAUCCACGGAGAAGUGGUGCACAAGAGUGAGAAGAACCUCUCGGACCGCUCACGCCACGCCUACACUUUCCACCUCAUGGAGACCUGGGACACCGUCUGGAGCCCCGAGAACUGGCUCCAGCCAACAGCUGAGCUCCCCUUCCCCCCGCUGUACAGCUAGACGCCUUCUCAGGGCCGGGCCUCGAGCCUCCGGGUGAAGCUGCAGCCUGGAAAGCUCCAGCACCUCGCCCCCCUGCCCAGCUGCAAAGGGGAAGUCAAGUCUCCCCUCCCAGGCUCUCUCCCUGCCAGGGUCUGUGCCCCUCGGCCCUGCAGACAGGCAGGCGAGAGGGGGCAGGUGGGCAGCAGCAGCCGGCACCGGAAGGCUUUCCAGAGACCUCUGUCUCCUCUGCCUCUCCCCUGCCCCAACCCAACGCCACUCCCCCCCUCCCCCUCCCCGAGGCAGCCGGUUACUGCGAGAGGGUUCUGGCUGCUUCUCUGCCAGCUUCUCACCGUUCUCUCUCCUCAGAUGGAAUUCUGAUGAGUACAGUGCAGGACAUUCAAUAAAAGCGACUUCUGGAUA